UUUUCCCAUUUAGACUGCUUGCUCACAGGUAACAGUUCCUUUGUGAACCACCCUUGUUAUCUUGCUGAUCCGUGACUAUUCCUCUCAGUAUCCAUUAUGACUGUGUCCUACACAUUAAAAGUGGCCAAUGCCAGCUUUGGGUGCUUCUUCAAGUUGCUCUUCAGGUGGAAAGGGAGUAUCUAUAAGUUGCUAUACAAAGAGUUUAUCGUCUUUUGUUGUCUCUAUGCCAUGCUGAGUGUUACAUACAGGUGCUUUUUAAAUGAAAAGCAGAAGAGUGACUUUGCUCAGCUGGCUCGAUACUGUAACCAAUACACGGAGUUGAUUCCUGUUUCAUUUGUGCUGGGUUUCUAUGUUACUCUGAUUGUGAACCGUUGGUGGGCUCAAUACACAAAUAUUCCCCUCCCUGAUCAGCUCAUGUGUGUAGUAUCCAGCAAUGUCCAUGGUGGGGAUGAAAGAGGGCGCUUGUUGAGACGUACCAUGAUGAGAUAUGCUAAUCUAUCUUCAGUUCUUAUUCUGAGAUCGGUCAGUACGAGGGUGCUCAAGAGAUUUCCAACCAUGGAGCACAUUGUUGAAGCAGGUUUUAUGACCCGCGAGGAACUAAAGAAAUAUGAGUGUCUCUUCUCAGAUUAUAACAAGUACUGGAUCCCCUGUGUGUGGUUUACCAACCUGGCAGCACAAGCUAGAAGAGAUGGGCGAGUGAGGGAUGAUGUGGCUCUGAAAUUACUAAUGGAUGAGCUGAAUAAGUACCGUGCAAAGUGCAGCAUGCUCUUUCACUAUGACUGGAUCAGUGUCCCACUAGUGUAUACUCAGGUAGUUACGAUUGCAGUCUAUUCGUUCUUUGGUGUUUGCAUCAUUGGAAGACAGUUUCUGGAGCCUGAAUUGGGAGAAGAGAAACCAAAUAUGGAUUUGUAUGUCCCCAUCUUCACAUUGCUGCAGUUCUUCUUUUACUCUGGUUGGCUGAAGGUCGCCCAACAAAUCAUUAAUCCUUUUGGAGAGGAUGAUGAUGAUUUUGAAACCAACAGGUUAAUAGACAGGAACUUGCAGGUUUCCUUGUUAUCUGUAGAUGACAUGUAUCAGAAUCUUCCCCCCUUAGAAAAGGACAAAUACUGGGAUGAUCAGACUGCAGCUCCCCCAUACACCUUGGCAACUGCAGCUGAAACUCUGAAACCAUCAUUCAUGGGAUCUGCUUUUGACAUGCGAUUUUUAGGUGAUUCAGAUCAGAGCCAACAAGUGGCUGUGACCCCGAAUAUGCCAAGGGCUCGAACCCCAAUGCUAAGCCGUUUUCUCUCUUCUGCCCCUUCACCUGCAAUAAGCUUGAAGAACUUUAUGGGUCGUGGGGCACGAGGUCACCAUCUUGUACGAUUCAGAGGGGAUGGCUACCCCUCUCCUAAUCCCAACUCCCGCAACAGUGAUCUAGAAUAUGAUUCUGUGGGUCGCAUUGAUGAGGAAGAAACUGGGGAUGAGCAGGAAAGCAGGGCAAGCGAGCCUCCUACUCCAAAGGUAACAUUGAGGGUACCUCACAGGCUAGAGGCCUCAGAUCAACAGAAAAAGAGGGAGCAGCCCAAGCCACCUCCUUUGGUCAUUAUCGUUGAUGAGCCCUCAGAUGAGAGCCUGAAUACAGAUCCAGCAGAGUGCUAACCCUGACCAUUACAUGGGACAGAAGAGCUGCUUGUCAAAGAGCACCAGUGAAGAAAUUAGGAGUAUGGAUGGUGUAAGAGACCCUUUAAGGAAAUAUUUGCUGCAAUGAAAUAUGCUCCUAAACUGUAUUCUGUAACAGCGGUAUAAACUUUGCAACUGCUUUCUGGAAGAACAUCCAGUGGUUUUAGAUAUGUUGUAACAUUCACAAUACUUUAUAAGGAUGUA